UAGAAUGCAAAAUGGAGUUUACGAAGGUUCUGGAGGCACUCAAAGAUCAGAUGGGCGAAAGGCACAUGAUGUUGAGCUAUCAAUGGGACAAUCAGGAACUGGUUGCCAAAGUGUAUGAUAUCGUGUCGGAACACAACAUCAACGUUUGGAUGGACAUUCACGGAGGGGUAACAGGAAACAUCAAUGAGGCGAUGGCAUCUGGAGUUGAAGGUUCGGCAGUGGUGUGUUGCUUUAUGACACAGAAGUACGAAAAAUCUAAGAAUUGCUCGGCUGAACUGAACUACGCAAAUGAUAGAGGAGUUGUGGUGGUGCCAUGCAUGGCACAAAACAGAACAGAGGACGGUAACCCGUUCCGAGCUAGUGGCUGGUUGGGGAUCCUAACAGCCGGCAAGCUCUGGCUAGACUUCAAGAGUGACGAGCAGUUGGAGAAGAGGAUAGUUCAGCUGCUUACUGAGUGUUGCGCUAGGCUUUGCAAAUCAGAGACCCCUGUCGGAAAGAUGGUGUCUAUGGAAUCUAAGAUGAGUAAGAAGAAAGCUCCUGUACAAAGAAAGAAAAAAGUUCGUGGAGCCGCAGCAGGUCAAGCGGAGGAAGGAACGGUGAUGGUAUUACCUGACGAGAGGAGUAUAACCGUGCCACUGAACCAACCCUUAGAACCUGGGGAUCAGAUCGAGGUUUGGGGACUGUACGAAUACGGAGAAAAGUUCAACUUUAACCUGAUUGGAGACGAUUUAAGCCAAAUCCUUCUCCACUUUGACAUCCGGCCUACAGAAAACGUUGUUGUUAUGAACAAUAAAGUAAAUGAUCAAUGGCAAACAGAGAUACGAGAUAACCGUGUGGUGAGAAAGUUUGAGAGAGGAGAAUACGACGAAAAUUUCAACCUCAUCGUGAAAUACGACGAAGAUAAACUCGUCUUCUUCAUAAAUGGUGAUAAGAUGAGGAAGUCAUUUCCAAUCCGAGUACCUCUAAAGGAAGGGAGAAACGUAGUUUUAAGAGACGAGGACGAUCUGGGGAGAUGGAAGAAACUAAAAGUGCCAGCACCGCGGGUCACCCAGGAGAGCAAGGGUACUUCAGAUGUUAAACUUGGAGAGGAGAUGAUACUGGAACAGUCGCUAGCAGUGGGGGAUUGCAUAGAAGUUUGGGGAAAGCACCAGGAGGGAGAUAAUUACAGCUUUAAUAUUAUGAGGGGUAAAGGAGACUACCUGUUCCACUUCGAUGUUAGGCCCAAAGAAGGGAUUGUUUGCUUGGAUUCUAUUGUGAAAACACAACAAUGGACAGGUUCUUUAAAUCUCCAUCUAGAGGACCUAUUUAAGAAGCUGGCUCAUGCAGACCCAAGUGGAAACUUCCAUAUUAAGAUCGAAUUCGCUGAGAAUAAAAUGAUUUUGUUUGUGAAUGAGAUGCUGGUGGAGGAGUAUAUUCCCUACGCUUUUGAUCUUGAUACAGCUACUCACGUAGUCUGCUUUGUUCCCCCGGGGAGUAACGAGAAUCCCUGGAAGAAGAUAAGCCUACCAAAGCCUAGACAAAUACUUCAGUCAUUUGGGACGUACGAAUUCAAAAGCCUUUCGAUAGGAGACGUCAUCAACUUCACGGGACAUUUUAGGAAAGAAGAGGACCGUUUUGACAUUAAAAUCAUAGAAGACCCAACUUCUGUACAUCUCCACAUCUCAAUUAGACCUCUAGAGGGAGUGGUGGUGCUCAUCAUGAACAUUAGGGAUGCGCCAGAACGCGUUCAGGAAAUCUCUGCUGCCAUCCCAGACUCUUUAGCUGAGUGUGAGCUGUUUGACCUGUUUGUUCUGGUCGAGGAGAAGAAUUUCCGAGUAGAAUUCUUCAAAGAUGGGGAAAAUGAGAAAGUUCUGCUGGAGAUGAAGAUGAACCACAAAAAUGAGUUCGCCAACGCAAGGUAUGUUAGCUUCCAUGAUGUACAAAGUAAUGUUUGGACUGAGUUGAACAUGCCUGAUGGCACAACGUACAUCAGAGACGUUUGAGGAGCUGGGAAACAUUCUAAAACAUUUUAUAGGUAGUUUCAGGAAAUCUAUCCAAGAGGAAUGUAAUUCUAGGAACUAAUGAUACUGAUAGAGGGUGGGUUAGGUAGAAAAUAGGAAUAAAUAUUCUUAAUUGACGAAAAUUUGUAUUUUUAAAUGUCGUAUUUUUGAAAUUUGAAUUAUGUUGCAAAUGUUCAUAGAAAUUGUUAAGUUACGUAGUAUGAAUAAACAUUGAAUAAACAAUAAUAUUGUGUGAAUAGAAUGAUUUACAAAAAAUCUUAUUUCUUUAGACUAAACUCAC